CAUUCCUUUGUGUGGGUGGUGCGGCUGCAGGUAUUUGUGCGGGUCCUUUAUUCCUCUGUGUGGGUGCUGCGGUUGCAGGUAUUUGUGCGGGUCCCCCAUUCCUCUGUGUGGGUGCUACGGUUGCAGGUAUUUGUGGGGGUCCCCCAUUCCCCUGUGUGGGUGGUGCGGCUUCAGGUAUUUGUGGGGGUCCCCCAUUCCCCUGUGUGGGUGCUGCGGCUGCAGGUAUUUGUGCGGGUCCCCCAUUCCUCUGUGUGGGUGGUGCGGUUGCAGGUAUUUGUGCGGGUCCCCCAUUCCUCUGUGUGGGUGGUGCGGCUGCAGGUAUUUGUGCGGGUCCCCCAUUCCUCUGUGUGGGUGCUACGGUUGCAGGUAUUUGUGGGGGUCCCCCAUUCCUCUGUGUGGGUGCUGGCAGGUAUUUGUGCGGGUCCCCCAUUCCUCUGUGUGGGUGGUGCGGCUGCAGGUAUUUGUGGGGUCCCCCAU